CCCAAUUUGGUACCCGAACAAAACCAUUUCUUCAAUUUCAGAGUUUUCUCGCGCAUCCAUUUCACACUCUCAGCACCCGCUUCAUUUCGAAACACACUCCAAAGUCCAAACAUCAAACACCUUCUCUGCAAGCUACACCUGAUAAAGCUAGAAAAAUUCAAGAUGCAGAGAUUCAAAACUCUGCUACCACGAACUAGAUUCUCUUCUCCCUCGCUUUUUUCUAAUCGUCGAGCUUUCUCCGCUCAACCAGAUUACGCCGAACGCAAUGACGACGACGAAGAUUCCCAAAACCAGAUUUUGGUUGAAGGAAGAGCGAAAUCGCGUACAGCUAUUCUCAACAGGCCGUCUUCUCUUAACGCGCUCACUACUUCAAUGGUUGCUAGGUUGAAGAGACUUUAUGAUUCGUGGGAAGAAAACUCUGAUAUUGGCUUUGUUCUAAUGAAGGGUAGUGGCAGCGCUUUCUGUUCUGGUGCAGAUGUUGUUAGGUUGUAUCACUCUCUCAAUGAAGGAAAAUCUGAAGAAGCUAAAGAGUUUUUUAAAACAUUAUAUUCAUUUGUAUAUCUUCAAGGGACAUAUCUUAAACCACAUGUUUCUAUUUUGAAUGGUAGGACAAUGGGUUGUGGAUCUGGAAUUUCUCUUCCAGGGAUGUUCCGUGUGGUGACUGAUAAAACUAUUUUUUCCCACCCAGAGGCUCAAAUAGGCUUCCAUCCUGAUGCUGGAGCUUCUUACCUUUUGUCUCGUCUACCCGGCUACUUAGGGGAAUACUUGGCCCUUACAGGAGAUAAGCUUAAUGGUGUAGAAAUGAUUGCCUGCCGCCUAGCUACGCAUUAUUCACUGAAUGCAAGGCUUGCUUGGCUUGAAGAACGCCUUGGUAAACUGGUCACAGACGAUCCAUCUAUUGUAGAGGCAUCCCUUUCACAAUAUGCUGAUCUCGUUUAUCCUGAGAGAGACGGCAUCCUUCACAAGAUUGAUAUUAUAGAUAGAUGUUUCAGUCACGAUACAGUCGAGGAAAUCGUUGAAGCUUUGGAGAAAGAGGCAGCUGAUUCUUUAGAUCAAUGGUGUUUGACAACGCUCAGGAAACUAAGAGAAGCCUCCCCAUUGAGCUUGAAAGUUAUUUUACAAUCUAUUCGGGAAGGUAGAUUUGAAACUCUUGAUCAAUGUCUUGUUCGUGAGUAUCGCGUAUCUGUUCGGGCAAUUUCCAAGCAGGUUUCCUCUGAUUUCACUGAGGGUGUUCGAGCACGAAUGGUUGAUAAGGAUUUUGCACCCAAGUGGGAUCCACCUAGUUUAAAAGAUGUAUCAGAGGACAUGGUUGACCAUUAUUUCUCUCCGUUUGACGAAUUUGAGCCUGAACUGGUGCUGCCUACAGCAUUGAGAGAACCUUACAUGUGAAACAGGCACACCUCCCAUCAAUGUUUGUCACUAGCAAGAGUUAGCAAGGGCGCCAAAUAAGUCUAAUUUGUUUUCCAAUUUAAUUGAACAUAAUUUUUCGCAUAUCCUUGUUGUAAUAGCUGAAAAAAUGCAGAAGUUGCACUUUUAAUUUAGGCGGGGAGGGGUUUUUACAUUAUUCCCUGGCUUUUAUGUAGAUUUAUCCAAUUUGCCAAGUUUUUGGUUCUAUGUUUUUCUAACAAAUUUCUUCUGCUUAA